AUGGAAGGUAAACCAUCAGCAGGUGGUAACAUGCUGCAGGAAUGGGAAUACGGUUGUCUAGGCCUACAAGGAUCGAUACAGCCUCAAAACGAACAACAGCCAUGCAUGUCCAGACUUCCUUCUGCUUUUGGUUCAGUUGAAAACGAGAGACAGGAAAUCAUUGUUAUUGAGGAUGAUGUGACAAAUUAUCCCAAUCAAUGCAUGCUCGAGCACAAUGAAGCUGGUAAGAAUGAGGACGGGUCGCCAUGGCAACGCAUGAAAUGGACCGGAAAAAUGGUGAAGCUUUUGAUUACUAUUCUUUCUUACAUCGGAGAGGAUCCUUCCACCGAUUGUGCAGGUAAUCAGAUAAAAGUUUCUUCUCUUUUGAGGAAACUUGGGAAAUGGAAGUGUGUUUCGAAGGUGAUGCUCGAACGAGGUUACAUCGUCUCUCCACAACAAUGUGAGGACAAGUUUAAUAAUUUGAACAAAACAUAUAGGAGAUUAAAUGAUUUACUAGGGAGAGGCACUUCUUGCAAGGUUGUUGAGAACCCGAAGCUUUUGGAUAUAAUAAACGUAUCGGAGAAAGGGAAAGAAGAUGUACGAAAACUUUUGAUGUCAAAACAUUUGUUUUUCGAAGAGAUGUGCUCGUAUCAUAAUGGCAAUCGAUUGUAUCUACCUCAUGAUCCUGAUUUGUUGCAGUCUUUGUUGUUUAUUCUAAAGAACGUAGAUGAUUACGAGCUACUUGACUCGAACCAACCCGUGCCUGAUAAAAAAGCUGGUGUCACAGCUAAGGAUAAUGAGGAUUUUGCAGAGUUCUCAGCAAAGUGGUUAGAGCUGAUUAGCGAAAACGGUAUUGCCCCAUCGGGUUCUAACCAAACUUUAAAUGCUGAAGGUGAUGCAACCGAGUACAAUGGGGCAAAUUCCGGGUUUUCUGCGGAGAUCUCAACAAUGUGGUUCAAGCCUAUGAGCAAUAACGAAGUUGUAGGUCCCACGAGUUCUUUGAAACCGUCAUGUUUCAACCAAAUUCCGGACACUGAAGACAAUGAAGCAGAUGGAUCACAAUGGAUGACACGCCGGGCAUAUCAACUAGAGAAGCAAAAGCUACGGCUGAAGUCCAAGGUGCUCGAUUUAGAGAAACAGCGGUUGAAGUGGAGGUGUCGAAGCUGGAAACAGGACAUGGAACUGGAAAAGAUGAGACUGGUAAACAAGUGUUUGAAACAUGGAAAUGAAUGCAUUGCAUUGCAACUUAAGGGUAAAAAGAUUGGAUCUUGAAAGGGUUUUAAGUAUAUCGAAGUUGGUUCUUCUUCUUUUUUUUUUUUUUAAUCAAUGGCUGCUGUUUCUAAUAGUUUCAAACAUUAUCUAUUGUUUUUUUUUAAUGAUAAUGUAUAAAAUCACCUCUUGAAUCUUUGGAUA